AUGGACAUGAACCAUUUAAUAGGUCAACGGUUCAACCUGAUCUCCAAGAGCGAUAUUCGCUAUGUCGGCACGUUACAUGAGAUCAACCCCGAGGCUUCCACGAUCGCCCUGCAGAAUGUUGUGUCAUUUGGAACCGAAGGACGGCGAGGCAAUCCUGCCGAAGAACUCCCCCCAUCCAGCAGCGUCUACGAAUACAUUGUCUUCCGAGGAAGUGACGUAAAGGACAUCAGCAUUGCCGAGGAUAAGAAGGAGAACGCCCAGCCUGAGCCUCCUCAGAUGCCCGAUGAUCCAGCCAUCCUAGGAAGCGUGCCUCGCCCCGGUCCCGGUCCCGGCUCCGGCCCUAGCUCCGGCCCAGGACCUCAAGGUCUCCCUUCCCAGCCGCAGCAACCUCCGCAGCAGCCGCUUCAACAACCACCGCAGGGUCCUCGUCCUCCACCUCCCGGCUACCCUCAGCAGCCUCAAUUCCCCCAAGGCUAUUACAAUCCGUACGGUCCACGAUACCCCCCGUUCCCACCCGGCCCCGGAUAUCCGGCUAUGCCAUAUGGGGCGCCUCCAGGCUGGUAUCCUCCCCCCGGCCAAGGCUUUCCCCCCGCGCCAGGGCAGUUCCCCCCUCAAGUGCCAAUUGGACCUCCUGGUCCGCAUCACACGCCGCCUUCUCAGCGUGCCGCUCCUACUGCGCCCAAAACAACUUCCGAGCUUCCCGUUGGUGACCGCCCUUUGAGUAGGCCAGCUGCGCAGGAAACUAGCCCUGCCCCUGCUGUGCCGGCUGGGAGCGCACCAACCCCGCCUGUUGAAUCCAAACCGUCCGUUGCAGAAGCGGUCAAGGCGACGACUACUGCUCCAGCUGAGAGAAUCCCACCAACUGGUCCCAGGGGUGGACGCGCACCGCCAGUCAUUCCUAUCACCCCAGCCAAACCCAGUGCCUCUGCGGCUGCCCAGGCUCCUCUGGCUCCUGCCACUGUUAACAACGUAACACAAAAUACCGCCCAGGCCGCGAUCUCGGAGGCAACUCGUGCGGCUACCGCUGCUGUCGCGGCUGCUAUGGCCAAGCUCCCCCAGCCCAACGGACAAAAGAAGCCUCAGCACGGUGAUGCCGCGGUGGAGGGUAUUACACGACAGAUGGCCGAGAUGAAACCUUACGACGGCAACCGUGCGCCUCGUAGUGGUCAGCAUUCCCGUGGUCGCGGCGGCCACCGAGGUCAAUUCCAAGCGCAGUCAAACAAGAAGGUCGAGGUACCUCAAACAGACUAUGACUUUGAGACUGCGAACGCCAAAUUCAACAAACAGGAUCUCGUGAAGGAGGCCAUUGCCUCUGGCUCUCCUCUCGAAGAGGUUGAAUCCCCUGCGCAAAUAGAUACCGCUGCCGAGGCCCCUUCGACCACUCAGGGCGCCAACGUCUACAACAGGACGACGUCAUUUUUCGACAACAUCUCCAGCGAGGCUCGCGACCGAGAGGAAGGUUCCAAUGUCCGUCCUGGUGGCCGGGAAUGGCGUGGCGAGGAAGAGAAGCGAAACAUCGAGACGUUCGGCCAGGGCAGUGUUGACGGGUACCGCAGCAGCUACCGGGGCCGUGGCAGAGGCCGGGGCUAUGGUCGAGGCCGAGGUGGUUACGGCCGUGGCUACGGGUCCCGCGGCCGCGGAGGUCGCAACAUGUCCCAGUCGACCGGUGUCCCUACCGCAAACUAA